AUUCGAGAGCUAGCUCCCGAUUCUAUAUAUGCACUACAUCGUGCAAGAAGUGUCGCAAUUUGUUGCUUUUGAUGCUGUAUGGAUGAUGAUAAUGCUUUACAGAUGUACGGAAACAUGUUUGGAGACGACAUGGUGAGACUUAUGCCAGAGACACCACCUUUGGCGGGAUUCUCAUAAUCAUGUUACGGGUGGACAGUGUUUCUGGCCUACCAAAAGAUUCAACCGGACUUUUAGCUGAAGGUUACACGAUCGGUAGAGUAUCGCAUAUACACUAUCCUUUCACUGAUCAGGGAUUUGGGCCGAGUUCACUCGUUUCAAUAUGCCCGAGGAAAGGCAGGGAUCAAUGAAAGAAACUUGGGUUCAGAAGAGAGAGGGCAUUUUGUCUCUGCUUGGUUUCUGUGUUGGAUAUGGCUCGCUCUUGAGAUUCCCCUAUCUUUGUAAUAGAAACGGUGGCGGUGCCUUCCUCAUCCCAUAUUUCACGGCUAUCAUCACAUGCAGUGUUCCGUUGUUCUUCCUGGAGGUUUCCAUGGGACAGUUCACCAGCAGGAGUGCCGCCCAUGUCUGGGUUGUAUGCCCUCUUUUUAAAGGAAUCGGAAUCUCUCAACUGUUAACUGUCAUCUUUGGACUCAUGCCGUACACAUUAAUCAUGGCUUGGGCACUUUUCUAUCUAAGCCAAUCGUUCAGGUCUUCCUUGCCCUGGACAACGUGUUACAAUUGGUGGAAUACCCCAGUAUGUACCAAUAAGGUAACCAAUGGUUCAUCCGAAGUCUACUUCAACAGUACUGUAGAGUAUCAACUUCUGCAAACCGCCGUGUGGAGAAAGCCAAACUCAACGCUGACUGCAGCUGAGGAAUACUGGCAGAUCAAAGCCCUGGGAGCGUCAACUGGGAUCGACAACUUCGGGUCUGUGCAGCCCCACAUCAUCUUGUGUCUCCUAUGUUGCUGGACCAUUUUGUUUCUGUGUAUGGUGAAAGGUGUGAAGUCGGUAGGGAAGGUUGCUUAUGUGACUGCAUUGAUGCCGUACGUUCUCCUGACGGUGUUGCUGAUCAGAUCGUGCAUGAUGCCGGGAUCUGGCGAUGGUCUUCUGUAUUUCAUUCGCCCCGACUUCUCACGACUUGGCUCAGUUACGGUAUGGUUGGAAGCUCUUCUCCAGGCCUUUUAUUCAAUGGGUACAACGUUUGGCACACUGAUCACUUUUAGCAGUUACAACAAAUUCAAUAACAAUUACCUCAGAGACGUGGCACUGUUGACAAUCGUCGGAGAAGCGACCAGUAUAUUUUGUGGAUUGGUAAUGUUCUCUACUCUUGGAUUUCUGGCUCACAGAGCACAGGUACCGUUAUCGGAGGUGGUAUCUUCAGGAGUAGGACUUGGUUUUAUCAUCUACCCUGAAGCUUUAGCCCAGCUACCCUUGCCACAACUGUGGUCUGUCCUGUUCUUCCUCACACUGCUGUCUUUAGGGAUCGACACUGUGGGUGGAGUCUACCUUUUCCAACUACUAGACUGGUAUGCCUCCUCCUUUAGUGUGCUACUGAUUGGCUGUCUUGAGUGUGUGGUAAUAAGCUGGAUCUAUGGUUCCAAGCGGUUUAGUUUGGACGUGGAAAUGAUGCUUGGGCGAAGAACCCCGAUGGUGUUGAGCAUUUUGUUAUCUUACAUCACUCCUGCCAUCCUGUUUGCGGGUCUGAUCCUGUCUCUCUUCAAAUACGACCCGCCCAGUUAUGGAGCAUACGUGUAUCCUUUCUACGCCAAAGUUGUUGGAAUCCUCAUGGCGGUCUUCAUGGCUGCACCGAUACUGGUGGUGCUGAUCUACGAGGUUGUUCAGAGGGAUGGGACGAUCAUGCAGCGUCUCAAGCUCGCAAGUCAACCGUCCCCCGACUGGGGCCCCGCUCGAACCGAACACAGGAUAAUCUAUCUUGAAAGAGAGCUUUCUCAACGAAGGAUAUUAAUGACACCAACUGAAGCCUGAAUAGAUUCCUCGGAGGAUCCGAGCCGGUAAACGGAUACCUUGGAUAGGGACUGAUCCUACCUUAAUGUUUAAAUUUCAGUAUAUUUUGCUUUAAAAUAAGAAAAGAAACUACA